UUUAAUUAAUCUUUUCCUAAAACAGAUGAAGAAGCGAUGUGAUCAAAAGCUGCUCGUUCAAAUGGAAACUCAAUGUACACCUUGCUCUCUAAACCUUGAAACUCGGUGCCCUGCUGGCUACAUCAAAAUUACCAAUGGGACAGGGAUACCAGACUGCAGGUAUUAUCUAGAAAUUAGAUCACACAGUCUUUCUUUACCUGGAUGCCGGCAUUCUUGUAUGAAGGAAAUUCAACAACCAGAGUGCUGCCAGGGAUACUGGGGCCCAGACUGCAUAGCGUGUCCAGGAGGAGCUGCAUCGCCAUGCAAUGGGAGAGGACACUGUUCCCAGGGUUGGAACGGAAAUGGAACAUGCACUUGUCAGAAAGGAUUUGCUGGGACAGCCUGUGAAAAAUGUGCUGAAGAACAUUUGUUUGGUCCUCAGUGCACAUCAGUUUGCAGCUGUGUUCAUGGAGUAUGCAACAGUGGAAUUACAGGAGAUGGAAGAUGCACUUGCUUGUCUGGAUACCAAGGUCUCAGCUGUGAUCAACCAAUAGCUGAAUGCAAGGCAUUGCAGUGCCCUGCAAACUCAAGAUGCACUACCUCGGGCGAGGAUGGCAGAAGACUGCAAUGCACAUGUCUACCCAACUACCACGGAGAUGGUACAAAAUGUGAACCUAUCAAUCCAUGCUUUACAAAAGUCUGCGAUCCUAAUGCCAACUGCACUUACCUUGGACCAAAUCAUCACAAAUGCACCUGUCGAGAAGGUUAUAGAGGGGAUGGUCAAGUCUGCUUACCUAUAGACCCUUGCCAAAUGCUAUACGGGAACUGCCCUGCACAAUCUACCAUUUGCAUAUACGACGGCCCAGGAAAGUCCCACUGUGAAUGCAAGGAGCAUUAUACAAACUUUGUCCCUGGGAAAGGAUGCAGUAUGACAGACAUCUGUGAAACGAACAACACAUGCCACAAAAAAGCUAAAUGCUCGAUGGUUGCUCCGGGACAGAUUACGUGUACAUGCCAGAGGGGAUCUGUGGGGAAUGGAUUUGUGUGCUAUGGAAACAUCAUGGAGCGCCUCCAAGACCUGAACACAGAAGCAGGAGGACGGUGGCAAGGCAAGCUAACAUCUGCCCUAGCACUCAUGGAAAAUGUCUAUGAGUGGCCACUGAGCAGUCUGGGACCCUUUACUGUAUUUGUACCAACAAACAGAGGACUCAAAGGUACCAAUAUAAAGGAACUUCUGAAUAACAACCUGAAAGCACAGUACUUUGUGAAACUCCAUGUAAUUGCUGGUCAGUUGAAUACCACUAGCUUGAAUAAUACUGAUAUAAUAUAUACUUUGACUGGCAAGUCAGGAGAGAUAUCAAGGGGAGAGAAGGAUAAUCAACUAAGAAUUAGAAUCCAGGGAGGAAGAAGGAAAGGAAAACUUUUGCAAGGCAAUAUUAUUGCUUCCAAUGGCAUUUUGCAUAUUGUUGACAAAGCCAUGGACAACAUGGAGCCAACGUUUGAAAGCAACAAAGAGGAAACCAUAAUGUCAGUGCUUCAAGACAAUGGAAGAUACAGCCAAUUUGCAUCUUUGAUAGAGAAAACUGGCCUGGGAAUGGAUUUACAGCAGGAGAACAGACCUUACACAGUCUUUGUUCCAAGUAACGAUGCUCUGAGUAAUAUGAAAGCUGAGGAUCUGGAUUACCUGCUUUCUGCAGAGGGCUCAUUGAAGCUAGUGGAGCUGGUCCGAUACCACACUGUUUCCAAUGCUGAGCUAGAGAUUGCGAGCCUCAUCUCAAUAGGGCACAUCCGAAGCAUGGCAAAGCAGUUCCUUUACUUUAACACAACCAGCACUGGACAAGUUUUGGUGAGUGGAGAAGAAAUGGAAGAAACUGAUAUUGUUGCAAAAAAUGGUCGCAUUUUUACUCUUGCAGGAGUUCUUAUCCCACCCACCAUUGUUCCAAUUCUGCCACAUCGGUGUGAUGAGACAAAAAGUCAAAUUGCAAUGGGUGUCUGUGCAAGUUGUUUCUCACAUGCAUUGUCUCCCUGUCCACCGGAUUCAAAACCAAUUCCUUUCUCAAAGCGAACAUGCAUUAUUGAAGGCCCAGCCUAUCCAAAAACUGGCUGUACUAGAUACUGCAACAUAACAAUAAAGAAACCUAAGUGUUGCAGAGGCUUCUUCGGCCCCAGCUGCAGUCCAUGCCCAGGAGGUUUCUCCAAACCCUGCUCGGGAAAUGGACAGUGCAUGGAUGGCCUGGAAGGAAAUGGGACCUGCAUUUGUGCUGAGGCAUUUCAAGGCUCUCUCUGCCAGUUCUGCUCAGACCCUGACAAAUACGGACCUCAGUGUGACAAAAAGUGCCUCUGCAUUUAUGGGAAGUGUGAUAACCGAAUAGACAGUGAUGGAAUCUGUCUUCCUGGAUCAUGCAGAAAAGGAUACACCGGGAAAUUCUGUGAUAAGCCAGUUGUUCCCUGCGAGCCCUCUCUGCAGCUCUGCCAUGAGCAUGCAGACUGUCAGCUUAGUGAUGGUGCAGUGAGCUGUGUUUGCAAGUCUGGCUAUGAGGGAGAUGGCAUGACCUGCAGCAAAGUCGAUCCCUGUGCUAGUUUAUAUUCAGGUGGCUGCAAUAUACAUGCUGAGUGCAUUCAAACAGGCCCAGGAGGGCAUGCGUGUGCUUGCCAGCCAGGAUGGACAGGCGAUGGAUGGGACUGCUCAGCCAUCAACAAUUGCCUACUGCCUUCCGUGUCUGGAUGCCAUGAAAAUGCCACUUGCAUAUACAUUGGACCUGGUCAGAAUGACUGCAAGUGUAAAGAUGGAUUUAGAGGGAAUGGAAUUGAAUGCACACUCAUAAACUCAUGCUUGGAACAAAAUGGAAAAUGCCAUCGUCUGGCAACUUGUCAACUUGAGCCUUCUUAUGGCUGGGAAUGUGUGUGCCCCAAGGGCUAUGAAGGAGAUGGCAGAAUAUGCUAUGGAAAUGCUGCAGAUGAGUUAUCUACUCUAUCAGAGGCAACAGCAUUUAACCAAUGGAUUAAUGAUGCUCAGUUAAACUCAGUGUUGUCUACCACCUCAAAUCUAACUGUCCUUGUGCCUUCUCUUCAAGCAAUUGAAAACAUGGACGAAGAUGAAAAAGAUUUUUGGAUGUCAAAGAGUAAUAUCCCAGCCCUACUGAAGUAUCAUCUACUGACAGGAGCUUUCAGCUUUGCCGAUUUCCAGAAUUUAUCAUCUUCUGAUAUGCUGCCAACAUCCCUACAGAGCAACUUCCUACACUUAUCUAAAGAAAAUGGGAACCUCACUGUUGAGGGUGCUCACAUUGUAACUGGUGACAUCGCAUCCACAAAUGGGAUCAUACAUGUUAUUGAUAAGGUUCUGACCCCCCUGCGAAGCACUAUCAUGCCGAGGCUACUGGCCCGUCUCGAGCAAAUGCCUGACUACUCCAUUUUCAGGGGCUACAUUAUUCAAUACAGCCUGGCAAAUGAAAUAGAAGCUGCAAACACAUACACAGUGUUUGCCCCAAAUAAUGAUGCCAUAGAAAAUUACCUGAGGGAUAAAAAGGUUGCUACUCUGGAUGAGGACCUAAUCCGUUAUCACAUUUUGAUAGAUGAAAAGCUCCUGAAGAAUGAGAUGCACAAUGGCAUGCACAGGGAGACCAUGCUUGGGUACUCCUACCAUGUUGGGUUUUUCCUCCAUAAUAGUCAGUUAUUCGUAAAUGAUGCACCUAUAAGCUAUGCAAACGUUGCAACAGACAAAGGAAUUAUUCAUGGAUUGGGAAAAGUUCUGGAAAUUCAGAAGAACAGAUGUGAUACUAAUCAUACUGUUAUCACUGAAAAGUGCAGAAUUUGUUCACAACCAUCAAGUUGCCCCCCAGGAACGAAAGAAAUAGCAGGGGAGAAGAAAUACUGCAUCUUCUCAGAAAACAACAUGAGACUGUACACCAUCCAGAUCGGAUGCCAGACAAAGUGUGCAAAAACCAUUAUUACCAGGGAGUGCUGUGCUGGCUUCUUUGGACAGCAGUGCCAACCCUGCCCCGGCAAGGCAGGUAGUGCUUGCUUCGGCAACGGCAUCUGUCUGGAUGGCAUCAAUGGCAGCGGCAUCUGCCAGUGUGGAGCCGGGUUCGUCGGCACGGCCUGUGAGAGCUGCGCUGAGGGCAAGUACGGCCGCAACUGUGAUCAAGUGUGUGCAUGCAUCCAUGGGAAAUGCAGCAGUGGGAUCGAUGGGGAUGGCUCCUGUGAAUGCAACGUCGGCUGGAGGGGAGUGACAUGUGAGAGUGAAAUCAAAGAUGACGCAUGUAACAACACAUGCCAUACCAGCGCCAACUGCCUUCUCCUGUCAAACAACACUGCCUAUUGCAAGUGUGCGGCUGGGUUCACAGGGAAUGGGACAUUUUGCACAGCUAUUGACGCCUGUGAGACCAGCAAUGGUGGCUGUUCUGCCAACGCAGAGUGUAGAAAAACAACACCUGGAAACAGAGUGUGUGUCUGCAAAGCUGGGUACACCGGAGAUGGAGUAGUCUGCUUGGAAAUCAACCCUUGUCUGGAGAACAAUGGUGGAUGUGAUAAAAAUGCAGAAUGCACUCAGACAGGACCCAAUCAAGCAGUUUGCAAUUGCUUGAAGGGAUACUCUGGAGAUGGUAAAAGAUGCACAUACAUCAAUCUAUGUUCACAAAAUAAUGGAGGAUGCAGUGAAUUUGCCAUCUGUAAAGACACCGAGCUAACAGAACGGACCUGUACCUGCAAACCAAACUACAUUGGAGAUGGAUUUAAAUGCCGAGGCAACAUCCACAAGGAACUUCUCAGGAACUUCAACACAUCUAAAUUUUAUUUUCAUUUAGAGGCCUUGUCCAUCAGAGAUACUGCUGACCCAGGCCCUUUCACUGUGUUCGUGCCUCACACAAAAGUUUUAAACAGUGACCAGAGAGUGAGGGGAUGGCUUGCCAAAGGGGUGAUGGCUCAAAUCCUCAGGUACCACAUAGUGGGCUGUGCAAGCCUGUUGCACAGUGACCUGACAACAGUCACAAACAUCACUUCUCUGCAUGGGGACCCCAUACAGAUCAGCUAUGCUCAGAACUCUCUGUAUUUGAACAAUAAAGCUGAAAUUAUAUCCAGUGACACUGUUGGUACAAAUGGCGUGAUUCAUGUCAUAAACCAAAUCCUGGUCCCAUCACACAUUCAGGAUUUCCCCCCAGGCUCUAAGAGGGAAAGCCUUGAAAUGGUUGCAGCCAAACAUGGAUAUGUCCUGUUCAGCAAUUUGCUAGAGAAAAACAAAUUGCUUGGGCUGAUCAACGAUCCCAUUCACAAACCUGUGACACUCUUCUGGCCCACGGAUGCAGCUAUCCGCAGUCUGCCCCAGGAGCAGCAGGACUUUCUCUUCAAGAAGUCCAACACGGACAAACUGGUGCAGUAUCUCAAAUUCCACAUUGUCCGCAAUGCUGAGAUAUUAGCCUACCAACUCCCCCACUCCACCUUGCUGAAGACUCUGCAGGGCUCCAACCUCAGUAUUAGCUGCGGGGAUAACAAAGAGAUCGGCACACUUUUCCUGAAUGACAGACAGUGCAAGAUUGUGCAGCGGCAGCUGGAAUUUGAUGGGGGCAUUGCCUACGGCAUAGACUGCCUGCUGAUGGACCCCAGCCUGGGGGGCCGCUGUGACAGUUUCUUCACUGUGGACAUCAUGGGGUACUGUGCUAGCUGCUUCAGUGGUGCCAAAUGCCCUCCAGGAACAAAACCAAAGGAAGGGAUCUACCGCUGCACAUAUGAUUCCUAUGGGCUACGGAGGGAUGGCUGCCGCAGGAACUGCUCCAUGGUCAUCCAUACGGCCAAGUGCUGCAAGGGGUACUUCGGGCCCGACUGCCAAGCUUGCCCAGGGGGUCCAGAGACACCAUGCAAUAGCCAUGGCUACUGUGACGAUGGCUACACUGGCACAGGAGAGUGCCACUGCUACAGUGGCUUCAACGGAACUUCAUGUGAGCUGUGCUUGCCAGGCAGAUAUGGCUCCAGCUGCAGGCCCUGUGAAUGCAAGAACAACGGGCAGUGUGAGGAAGGAUAUUCAGGGACAGGACGAUGUUUCUGUGAGACGGGAUGGACUGGCCGGCUCUGUGAAAACAAGCUGGCCUUGCCACCAGUGUGUUCUCCAAGCUGCUCUGUCAACGCUGUCUGCAUGGAGAACAAUACAUGCCAGUGCAAGCCACUUUACAAUGGGGAUGGAAUCACGUGCACAGCUGCAGACCUCUGCAAACAAAACAAUGGUGGCUGCCACAAGGCAGCCAACUGCACACAGCUUGGGGUGAAGAUCUUCUGCAACUGUCAGAAGGGAUACAAAGGAGACGGCUUCACAUGUCUUCCUAUAAACCCUUGCGCCGAUGGGUUCAAUGGAGGCUGCCAUGAACAUGCUAUUUGCACUGUCAUAGGGCCUGACAAACGCAAGUGCGACUGUAAAAACAACUACAUCGGUGAUGGGCUGAACUGCUCAGUGAUGCAGUUUCCUCUUGACCGCUGCUUGCAGAACAACGGGCAGUGCCACCCUGAUGCAGACUGCACCGAUCUCCACUUCCAAGACACGACAGUUGGAGUUUUCCAUUUACGGUCCCCCCAGGGGCAGUACAAAAUGACGUACGAGAAGGCAAAGGAAGCCUGUGCCAACGAGUCAGCCACUGUCGCCACAUACAACCAGCUGCUGUACGCACAGAAGGCGCGGUACCACCUGUGUGCAGCUGGCUGGCUGGAUGGCCAAAGGGUGGGCUACCCUACUGCCUUCUCAUCACCAAACUGUGGCGCCGGGUACGUCGGCAUUGUGGACUACGGGAGAAGGGUCAACCUGAGUGAAACAUGGGAUGUCUUCUGCUACAGGGAAAAAGAAGUGAACUGCACCUGCAGGCCAGGCUACGUGGGGGACGGCUCCUCCUGCAGUGGGAACCUGCUGCAAGUGCUGAUGUCCUUCCCCACGCUCACAAACUUCCUGGAGAAAAUCAUGGCUUACUCCAACAGCUCUCGGAAAGGGAGAGCAUUCCUGCGGUACCUCACUGACCUGUCAGUGCAUGCCACACUCUUCGCUCCAAAUGAUAGUGGAUUAAGGGAAAAUCAGACACUUUCUGGUCGAGACAUUGAGUAUCAUUUAUCUAAUGCCAGUAUCGUGUUUUAUGAAGACCUGACCAAUGGAACCACUCUCCUGACUCGUCUUGGGGAAAAACUUCUAAUUACAGACAACAGGGGAAAAGAAUACCAAGCUCCUUCCACUGAACAGACUGAGACCAGAUAUGUGGAUGGAAGUGCUAUUGUUGAGUGGGAUAUAGUCGCUUCCAAUGGGAUAAUCCAUGUCAUUUCAGAGCCUCUGAGGGCUCCGCCAGCACCUGCUCAUCUCCAUGCCAGUACAGGGACAGGGAUAUUCUUUGGCAUCUGCCUGGUUAUUGGAGUCAUGGCCUUCAUCGGAUACUCGUACCUCCGAUUCAGGAAGAAAAGCACAAGCUUCCAGCACUUCAAGUCAAAAGACGAAGCUGAUGUAACAUCACUGGACAAGCCCCUGCCUUCAAAUAUCACCAACCCCUCAUACGAAAGUUCUUCUGCACUGACUCCAUCAGAACCUACUUACGAUCUUUUCUCAGUAAGUAUUAAAUUUUAUUUGGGACACAACUAAGGUCAUUGUAAAAGGGGUGAUCUUAUAAAGGAAAAAAUCCACUUGGAAAAAAUAUUGUUGAAAUUCCUGGCUUUUCUAUCUCAGCCCUGCCAGGAAUGCGGUAUCCUCACUUGGAGCUAAAAUGAGGCUACGGUCUAUAGCUCUGUCUCAAGUAGGACAAGAGAUAAUAGCCUUAAUUUGCUCCAGAGGAGGUUCAGCUUGGAUAUUAGGAAACAUCUCU